AUGUCAAUCCUCGCAAGUCUCCGUCCAGCUACUCGUUCCUUGGCCCAUAUCCGUGCUUUCUCUAGCACUCCGGUCCACAAGCUCUACAUUCAAAGUAACCUUCAAAAUGACCAGACUCAUCCUAACUUGGCCUCUCCUAUGGACCCCAACGCGAAAGUCUAUGACUUUAGAAGCGAUACAGUCACUGCCCCUACUGACGAGAUGUUUGAUAUCAUGAAGUCGGCUUCAAGAGGCGACGAUGUUUUCCAGGAGGACUACAAUGUAAAUGACCUCGAGCACUUUGUUUCAUCCAUCACUGGUCAUGAAGCUGGUAUGUUCUGCGCUAGUGGCACUAUGUCCAACCAGCUUGGUUUGCGUACACAUUUGCAGCAACCACCCCACUCUGUCCUCUGUGAUCACCGUUCUCAUGUGUUCCUGUGGGAAGCUGGCGGUAUUUCUUUCCAUUCCCAGGCAAAUGUAAGCCCAGUCUACGCCCAUAACGGUGUUCACAUCACUGCUGAAGAGGUUAUCAACAACAUUGUUGAGGAAGAUCUUCAUACCGCUCCUACUAAGGUUGUCUCUUUGGAAAAUACUUUGAAUGGUAUGAUCUUUCCUAUUGAAGAGAUCAAGCGCAUUAGUGAGCAUGCUCGCGCACGCGGUAUCAAGAUGCAUCUCGAUGGCGCUCGUUUGUGGAACGCUCAUCAGGAGACUGGAGUACCUCUCUCAGAGUAUGGUAGAUACUUUGACUCCAUGUCCUUGUGCUUAUCCAAAGGUGUAGGUGCUCCCAUCGGUUCCAUCCUUGUAGGCGAUGCCAAGUUCAUUCGUAAAUCAAGACACUUCCGCAAGCUCUUUGGUGGUGGUUGGCGUCAAGCCGGUGGUAUGGCUAAGGUUGCAAAGCACUGUAUCGAGAACAUUGUUCCUACUAUGCCACAAACCCAUAAGAUUGCUCGUCGUCUUGCCAAUGAACUACAAGACAUGGGUAUCACGCUUACCUUCCCUCAAAUGACCAACAUGGUAUUUAUCAACACUGCUUCCGCUGGUGUUACUAUCAACGAUAUUCUUCCUGCUCUCCUCAGACGUAAUAUCAAGAUUGGCGGCAAUGGUACUACUUCAAGAUUAGUCCUUCAUCAUCAAAUCAAUGAUGAAGCAGCUGACAUCCUUCUCGAUACCUUGAGGGAUGUCAUCGCCCACAAGAAAAGUUUGGGCGCGCGCCCAGUCAGCGCUUCAGAAAUCAAACAAGAUGCCGUCAAGGCAUACACACAGUAGAUACAUCUACUUGUACAGAUACCAAUCUUGUGGCAUUGAAGGACAAUCACAUAGUAAUUUAAAGCUUGCACGCGCAUGUGCAGCGGAUGUAUAUUAGCAACAUCAACCCAUUCUUGCAAUAAACCAACAAUUCAUUCUUCACCAUGUUGGUAUUAACGGAAACGUUACUACCACCUACAUAUGGUGAAGCAAAAC